UACGAGCGUACUCGUUCAGCUCGUAUGUCAAGGCAGCACUAUUAUUGUAUUAGGAGGCUGUCAGUCUUUGCAGGGUUUCAGUAAUUCUCUUCAACAAAUCUCUCUAGAGUGUCUUUAAACCAGUGAUUCCUUAAAAAUGGUGUUUUGUUUUGCUUUUUCGAGAAGGCAGAAGAGCUUCUUCCUCCUCCCGCCAUCGUCACAACGCGGAAGCGGAGGAAGGCUCGCAGGGGGCAGGAGAGAGGAGGCUCAGGGGGUGACACCAGGCUGUGGAAAGCCGAAAACAAGCACAUACACACGCAAAAACGGAGCAGACAAGCGUCGCCACACGAGUGAAGGGGAAAGGCGUAAAACGGCAGCCGCGCUGCUUCUUCAUCAUGGCGCUCAUCCCAUCGCAGGUUCUCCGCGUCGCCAUCCUGCUGUCCUACUUCUCCAUCCUGUGCCACUACAAGGCUCUCGACAUGCCGGCGCACCAGACCUACGGGGGCAGCUGGAAGUUCCUCACCUUCAUCGACCUGGUAAUCCAGGCAGUGUUCUUCGCCGUGUGCGUGCUGAUCGACGUCUCCAGUCUGCUGACAAAAGCCGGAGAAAACCGAGAGCAGGAGAGGCAGCUCAGAAAGCUGAUUGGCCUCAGGGACUGGAUGAUGGCUGUCCUGGCAUUCCCUGUUGGAGCGUUUGUGGUGUUCACCUUUUGGAGUCUGUACCUAUACGACAGAGAGCUGGUCUACCCCAAACUGCUGGAUAACUUCAUCCCUCAGUGGCUCAACCAUGGCAUGCACACCACCGUGCUGCCGUUCAUCAUCAUCGAGAUGCGCACCACACACCAUCACUACCCCAGCAGGUCGUGUGGCGUAGCGGCCGUGUGCUGCUUCGGCGUAGGAUACAUCCUCUGGACUUGCUGGGUGCACCAGGUGACGGGCAUGUGGGUGUACCCGGUCUUGGAGCGCAUCACGCCGCUCGCCCGCCUCGUCUUCUUUUCCGUGCUCACUGCCGUCAUUUGUGUCUUCUACCUGCUCGGAGAAAUACUCAACACCUACAUCUGGUACCAGCCGCACACAGCAAAGGUCAAAGGUGAGUGAACUUUUGUUGUGCGUGCCAGUGGAGUUGCACAGUUAAGGUCACGUCAAGCUCCGCCCACCAGAGAACACAAGGACUACGGAGCUGUGACCUCCAUCAACACCAACAAGCCUGAAUAUGGGGAACUGGGUGCACACUAUUUAUUUUAUUUUUUUAACUUGCCAAAGCAACAGACACACAAACCACUUUCACAUGGACACAAAUAGGUCAAAAUGAAUAUUCAUUAAGGAAGUUUUGAGUCAUAUGUCAUGUUAAAUCUCUUGAUGAGGGUUGGUUAUCCAGUACUAACAGACAGACAGACAGACACACACGCACACACAGAAACGUACACAAAUGCAACUUCACUCUUGCACACAGGGUACACGCACACAGGGACAGGUCAACAUGAAUAUUCAUGAAAGCACAUUUCCAUAUUAAAGGUCUUGAUGAGGGUCAUCUAAUACUGACAAGUAUACACACACCCACACCUUUUCCCAUCCACACAGGUACACACACACACACAGACAGGUCAGCAUGAAUAUUCAUGAAAGCACAUUGAGUCGUGUCAAAUUAAACGUCUUGGUGACAGCUCUGGCUUUAUUUUGUCAUGAUGUCCUCACCUGUUGAUGGACUAACUCAAAAACAUCACCUACAGGGGCAAAGAGCCUUUAGAUCAAGGUUGACUGGGACACGCUCAGAAAUCAAUGUGAAACCAAACCACUUUGACUUCAUCCAUUCUAAUGUUUCCUCAAUGAAGUCACAGAUGAGCUUUAGUCUUAACCCAGCUGACUUUGGUCGCCAGCCAAUAGGAGGGCACAUAUAGACAAGCUAUCACAUCUAAGGACAAUUUAGUCUUGAAUGAAACUUAGUGCAUGAAACCCCACUAGAGCACAGGGAGAACAUGCGAACUCCACACAGGAAGGCCUGAACUGAGAUUCAAACCCAGAACCUUUUGACUGUGAGAUGAGACGUACUAACCGGUCACUGUGCUGCCCACAUGGACUUAUAGCUCGUAUUAAAGGUCAUGACAAGGGCUUUCCAAAUCUCUUGUUACAUAUUUAUUAUGUACAGCGUUGUCUUGAGAUACAAGCCGUCAUUUGGCGUUUUUCAAAAAUUUUAGAUUUGAGUGCUGUGUGGUCGUAGUGAACUCAACUCACUUCACCAUAUAAGCACAAUAUAAGUGAUUUAUUUAUUUUUUUAUUUUUUUUAAAGGGACUUCCAACUGUUUAUUGGCACUCCCAGUUGUUUACUGUAAAUCUAAACACAAAAGCAGAAUUACACAUUGCAUUGGAAACAGUCACAUAGUUUCGUCUUUCAAUCCGCUAGUUUAAGGCGAACGCUAAUUAGCACCUACUGGUGCGGUGCUACAACUGUUUAAGCAAUGGGCUGAACACAAAUGGUGCAGCAACACGUAGACAGACAAUAUAACAGUACUUAGUCAUAUAUUCUUUAUCCUCUGCCUAGAAUGACCAAUAUUAGUGCAGUACUGAUGAGUUGGGAGGAGUUAUGAUGUCUCAAUGAACAGUAUACCCAUCUGUAUGUCUUAAACUGCCCCCAGGUGACUAAGGUGGGCACACCAGAAAGAGCAGCACAAUGGCUAUUUAAUUGAUUCAGUGCGACAAAAACUUUUCUGUCAUUACUCUGUUUUAAUAAAGCACAAUAUUAUAGAA